AUGUCAAUAUCAAUUGACAGUAACAAUCUUAGUUUUGUUAACGAUUUCAAUCCUGGGAAAGAUAUGUGGAACAUGAAAGUGAGAAUUAUUCGAAAAUGGAAUCAGGGUUACAAGAUGGAUCUCAUCUUCAUUGAUGAAAAGGGUGCUAAGAUUCAAGCAGAAGAUGCUGUUGUGAUUCUGUCGAAAUUUGGUGUUGGUGAGAAUAAAGAUUUAUAUAAAGUAGCAGUGCAGCCUUAUAAAAUCAACUUUUAUAGAUGCACAACUGUUACUCCUGCGAGCGAUUGGCAAUGUGUUAAGUAUGGUUUCAACUUCAGAGCUUAUGAAGAUAUUCUUCAAGGAGAGGCGUUAAACGCUUUGAGUAUGUUGUUGGAUCUGUGGUUUGUUGUGGAGAUCUUGAAAUCUUUGAUUGACCUCCAAAGGAGACUAAGAAGAUCAAUUUCGAUAUUGAAGACUUGGAGUGAAUAUACUGUUCAAAGUGAUAAGUUUGCAACACGGAUUUUUCUAAAUGAAGAAAUUGAUGAAGUUAAUGAGCUAAGGAGGAGUCUUAUACUGAAGUUUGGACAAGGGAGUGGUUCUACUUCUCAAACAAUACUAUCGUCUCAGAAUGUUUUUCCAUUGCAUAAAGAAUUUGUAACUGAUGGUGUGAAGAAACAUGUUGAUGAGAUUAGUGAGAUAGAAAAGGAAAUGUCUUGUGUCGUGGUUGCGACAAUUAAGAUUGUGCAAGAAGAGUAUAGUUGGUUUUAUGCUGCCUGUCGUAAGUGUUUCAAGAAGGUGAUGGGUAAAAGUGAAUACUUGCAGAAUGUUGAAAAUGUUUCAGAUGAUAUUGUUCGAUUACCUGUGACUUCUUUGGUUUGUCCCAAAUGUCAUAGUGAAUGUACAUCGAUCACCACAAAGUUCAAGGUGCAAGUCCAGGUGCAUGAUGAGAGUGGUAGUGUUUCUUUUGUUAUGUUUGAUAGAGAUGUUCAGAAGCUUCUUGGAUUAGCAGCGAGUGACAUAAGAGAGAGGCAGAGUUCAAUCUUAAAAAUGACUAUCGUGUUUAUACUGUGCAAAAAAACAUGUGAUGAUCUAGUAAUAAUUGCUGAGUUGGUUGGUAGAGAUGGUAAUGGUGAUGAAAAUACUGAGGAGGUUACUCAAGAGGUAGCUGAUGUUAAAGAUGUUAACCUUUCAAAAUCUUCCCAGGUGUCUGCUGAAUGA